AACCUUUGCUUUGGCAAUUAACAAUUAAGCAAAAAAUAUACUAGGUAGUUUAUUUCACCGUAGUCACAUAAAUGGCAAUUAUUUCUUUUCUAAUAAAUAAUAACCCAUAAUUAGGCAUUUGAAGUAUAAAAAAAAUUUAUGGGUCGUUCUAUUAAUUUUCUAAUGAGAGAUAGGAGCCUACGAAUAUCCAUAUGACGAGCGAAGUGUGCGAAAAUGAUCCACAAAAUGAAGUAACAAUAAGUAAAAGAGCUACAAAGCAGUUUUUCCAAGCGGUGCUUGAAUGUAACUUGCCAAUUGUUACGAAGUUUGUAGAGGUUGGAAUCAAUGUUAACUUAGAUAUCGAGGAUGGUAAUACAUCUAUUCACGUUGCUGCAGAGAAGUGUGAUAUCCCGAUACUGAAGGUGUUGUUGACUGCACCUAAUGUUAACCUAAAUAAGAAAAACCGGAGAGGAUUAACGCCACUAAUGCUAGCAUGCAUUGUAAAUUGCAGAGGGGCCGUUCAAGUUCUUCUACAAAAGGACGCAGAUCCGAAUAUCCUGACGCACAAUGGCAAUAGAGCUUUACAUAUAGCAUGUCGAAACCAUAAUAUGGGCAUAGUGUUCGAUUUAGUAAACAACGGAGCUGAAAUUAACGCACCGAAUGUAUUCGAUGUUACGCCACUGUCCGUUUGCGUAAUAGAUUACCCUUCUAUGCCAAUUGCGAAGUUUUUGAUGAGAAAAGGGGCGUUUAAACAAGGAUGUAAACGUUUUCCACUUUUAUUAGAAGUCGCCUUAAACUGCAACACGCUUGACAACCUUCGCAUAUUCAAGAUCCUAGUAUCCAGCGGUAUGGACAUCCACCAGAUUCAUCCAAUAGAACUUCGAAACUGUCUGCACUACGUCGCAAUUAGCGCCUACAUGCCAUUGGUCAGAUUCCUGCUAACAUUUGACAUAGAGGAUGACUUGCAAGUGGCUGAUGCCAGUGGUCGUACUCCAAUAGAUAUGGCACUCUCUCACCAGAACUGGAAGGUGUUUCAACUGUAUCGGUACUAUAGGGAGUACAAGGACGGGCCUGUAAGACUGAGAAGAGCGACGGAAGCUCACGUAAGAUGGGCACCUAGUGAGGACAGGAGAGAAUCGGUUUGACAGAACAGCAGUCAGAAUAGCCUGAUAUGAAGUGACAGCCUUUGCUGGAUUGCUGUAAGUUUCUGGAAUAUUUUGAGAUUACCUUACCACUGCUUGGUACACAUUUUUUGUACUUUAUUAAUAAAAUUUUAUACCUAGAAAUAUAA